UGGGUGUCCGUAGAGGUGACGAUGCUGUUGGGACAGGAGUGCGAAUAUCAAGGCAUUGCUGCCAGCUUAUCCAGGACAGCCUCGACAUGGCCAAGAAGAGAAAAAGCUCUGAAGUGAACCCACAGGCUGGGGCCACGGCGAGCAUGGCCCAUGCCUCUACCCUCGCCAAUGAUAGAGCGCAGGCAUUCAACGACCUAUGUCGCGCUGCACAGCUGGGUAUAUCGAUCGAUGGCUCGAAAUCGCCCGGCCAAGGCCUACAAGAGAGAGAGUCAAAACUGUGGUCCGCCUACAAGUUUCUCUCCUGGAAGAAUCCAGGCCAACUGAGCGAGGAGAUUGAAAAUUACCUUUCUAGUCUCGCCUUGACACCUGGCUAUGAAGAUCGCACCAAGAGGUUCGAGUUGCUGUUGGAGCGCCUGACGGACUGCGCCAUCGCGACGCCCAAAACGGACAGAUUCACCAAAUUGGCAAAGGUGGACCUGGAAAUGCCAACGAUUUCCGAACCAACGCAAAUGGACGAGCAUCUACCAGAACCUUCGUCGCCGACUCCAAGCUCUGCCAAGCCAACAGCUCGGUCCAAUUUGAAAUCCACCUUCAGAACCACAAAGGCAGGGGCGAGCAGGUCAUCCUCGUUAGUGGAACCCGUUAUUCAGAAAUCUCUGUCAGCUACAACGCCGCCAGAAAGGACUGCCCCAUCGAUCAAAGAUAGGAACCAGACAACGUUGUCUUUCGCUGCCUUGCCUGGUCAACCAAGUUUAAAACCUGCUACUGCGCCGGUUGUGUCGCGAGAAAAACCCGGCCCGGGGGUCAAUGCGACUACCUCAUUCGCAAGCACGACGGCAAAUACUUCAUUUGGACAAGGUCAUUCGUUCUGGUCCUCUCAGGGUACUCAACAGUCUUUUCGCACUGAUGCCACAUCCUUCAGCGAAGACAUGCCCCCACCUCCACCUUUGCAACGGCGGAGAGACCAGGACUCGAUAGGUGCCUCUUCUUUAGCUUCGAGCACUGCUGCAGAGUGGCUGCACAUUGUCGAGCAGGUCGACGCAUCACAGAACUCGUCUUCUACAGACAAGACUGUACGACCAGCACGACCCGCACUGACAGAAUCUGCCGACUCGUCCGAAUACCUCACCGCUCCUACAUCUCCUCUUGCCGAUCAGGUACUCAGGCCUCGCCGCGCCCCAAUUGAUGUCACCUCAGAUGGCACGUCUGAUGACUUUGGUUCUUCACUUGGUACUAGUACUAUGGCUGAGUGGGAGGACGUUGCAUAUCGGUGCGAUGAGGUUACCGACCACGGUAUGCCAAACGUAGACCAAGUGCCUAGCGAGAUGCAAGCGGAUCACCCAUUUCGCGGUGGCGUGGCUGGUGCACGGCAUCCGGCAGACCAUAUGCUGCCACGACCGCGAGCGGUCUCGAGUUUCAGCAACGUGUUCGUAGACUUGUCUGAUCUUCAAUCCUUCUGCCAGCUAUCAUUUGAUGUACAGUGGGAGGUUGGAAGAGUGCUACAAGCAGGGCGGAUCAGUGCCAGUGCUCUAGACAGGGCAUGGCCCAAACAAAAUAUGCAGACACUCUUGGAACUUCUGGCAGAUCGUGGCAUACCUUACCAAAAGCCGCCUGCCAUCGUAAACCUCAAGCCCUGGGAGACUCUAACCAGGACUGCGAGACUGGAAUGGUCGACUAUGAAAUUUGGCCCAGUGUGCAAACUAGUGCUUUUGACGCUCCGCAGAGACACUUCGUGCAGUCUCCAGCGAAAGCUGGGUGCUGAUAGAGUUCUUUAUGUUGAUAUACCGGAUAUGGUCAAGAUUCCUGCCAUACACAGAGACCGUGACGUGCAGCGUAGCUUUCGCGAGUGGAUAAGCACGCCGAAGGAUAUCCUAGGCCGUAAAUGGCACUUACUGUUCUUGCAGCCGAACAAAAAGAAAACUGUUGGCGAGGGCAGACAUUCUACGUCGGCGUAUCGACUGAUCUUUGUAGCUUCUAGUCCGACAAUGUCAUUGUGCGACAUCGCUCAAUGGUGCUUACCAUACAGUACGAACAAGAAACAAGCCGCACGCAAGGCGUAUAUGAGGAUUGAACUUCUCUUAUCACGGACGAUAUCAGCUACCGUGUUACAGCCUGGCGAGAUUGCACAUGUUCCGGAUCAAGUUGCCACGCGGGAACGUGAUGACCGCAGAUAUGAGGAUCCAAAUCUCUCCCACAGGUUUUAUGAAGAAUACGAUCCAGAGAUGGUUAUGAGUGAUGGCUGCAAUCGAAUGUCGUACUGGAUUGCUUAUCAGUACUCCAAGAAACUCUGCCUGAAGCGGGUGCCCGCGACAUUGCAGAUCCGCGCUGCAGGUGCAAAGGGUCUCUGGUACAUCGACGAGCCUGCGCACGGAGACCCCGAUAUACGCCCUGCUGGACCCCUUCUCAAUCUCGCGCCCAGCCAAGUCAAGGUGCAUCGCGACACAUUCUAUGGCUGUGACGAAGAGACACUGUCGGUCAAUGUCGUCAAAGCUAACCCUGGUGCACGGCCGUCGUUACUACAUAUUGGUUACUUGCCGAUCCUCGUGGACAGAGGAGUGCCCUUGGAAAACAUUCGAACGUUAGUACGCGACCUGGUAACGCGGCAGACCGAUGGAUUUCUUGAGGCGCUUGCAGCAGACGGUUCUUUGAGGUUGAGGCAGUGGAUUGCCAGUCACAACGAAUUUUUCGAAGCGCGAAGGCGAGAAGCCGGUAUUGACUUACUUGCUGGCUUUCCCAAGGCGCUCGAAGAGCGUAUAAUCCAGAUGCUUGAGGCUGGCUUCGCGCCUAAGCAGAACAAGUAUCUUGCCAGCGAGGUCAAGAUGCUCGCCUCAAGCUAUUUCGACUUGAAGAACAAAAACUUCAAAAUUGAGCUGCCAAAGUCCACGACGCUUUGGGGCAUCGCGGAGCCUAAGACCGGGCAUAUGAGAGGUAAAUUAGAUCCAACGGGAAGUCUCAGGCCAGGCGAGGUCUGCGUGUGUUUCGAAGAGCCUUUUGAUGUCGCUGAUGUCGGCACAAGAGUCAAUUUUCUCGAUGACAUCGAUAUACUCGUAGCCCGCAAUCCCGCAAUGGGACCCUCAGAUAUACAGAAAGUGCGCGCCGUGUUCAAGCCGCAACUUGCCAAGUACGCUGGAAAUAUCAUCUUUUCGGCGCGCGGCAUGCGGCCUCUUGCCAACAAGCUCCAAGGUGGCGACUACGACGGCGACGCAUUCUGGUUCACCUGGGAACCGCUCCUCACUGAGCCAUUCAAGAAUGCGCCUGCGCCAUGGAAGCCACCAGAUCCAGAUCAACUUGGUAUUACUAAAGACAAGUACAAGCUGUCUGACCACGUUGACGACCCCAAUUCUGAACAGCAAUGGUGCAGGUAUCUGAGUACUAUGGCCGCGAAGCGCAUGGAUGCCAAUAUGCUUGGUAUCGUGACGCUUUUCCACGAGCGAUUGGUAUAUGCUGGUCUACCGAUUGGUUCGGAGGAGGUAAUGCGCUUUGUGUAUCUGCACGACUAUCUUGUUGAUGCGGACAAGCAAGGUUACGACUUCAGUCAAGCAGACUUUGAUGCGUAUAAAGCUAGUCGACCAUUGCCUCGCAACUUGCCUGAGCCGAAGUACUGGCAAUUCACUCGAUCGCAGGACAAGAAUCAACAGAAGAACGAGAUCCAAGGCCGCCUCGUGGGGCAGGCCCAGACAGCAGCCAGUGCUAUUGACACGAUAUUCUUCGAUGUGGUUCAACCGAUCGUCGAAUCUGCAUUGAUCCGCGCGAGUGUCAUCCUUGAGCCUGCGGCAUCAUACGACCCCGAUCUUGCUGAGUUCUGGAAGGAAACUUUCGAGUCGACCCCUCGUGGUUCAGAAAUGGCGGCCGAAUUGUUGAAGCUCAAAGAUCGUCUUCGCUCCAUCCACGGAGAAUGGUCGUCAGAUGCUAGGAAGUACGAUACCUGGGUAGAGCGCAUUGAGGCACUCCGUGCUAGCUAUGAUGCCAUUCAACCUUCCAACCCACACAAUCCAAUCAUGGUCGAAUUCCUUCGUCGAGUGGGCAGAGGCUUCACGCGCUGGGACGAACUCAAAGCCUCGUGCUUUGCUGCAAAUCAAUUCUAUAGCGUCUCUCGCCCGGGCUUAUUGGUGAUGAGUGUUGCUGGCGCGGAGAUGUGUCACCUGAAGCUCCAGCACACUGAAGAUGCUUCGCGCAGCAUGCUGCUUUCGCAUUACCGCUCCCUGAAGCUCAGGAGGGUCCGUCAAGUUGAUUCUGCUGAUGACUUUGACGAUGGCGAUGGCGAUGGCGAUGCUGUCAUUGCAGUGGGCGAUGCGGCAUACUACUAGUCUCACACGGCGAAUUUCACAAAGUGUGACGAGGCUACCGUUUCCUUCCCUGGAGAUGUGAAGGCUUUCACCUGCCGAAUGAACUAUUACCUUGACUUUAAUACACGAUUUGGACGAUGAUCCGGAACUGGCAGUUCAGAAUGUAGAUAGAGGGAGGAGGAUGACUAGAUGAUUUCGAGAUGUGUUUGGAUUGAUGUUUCAUGAGAGGCAAUAUUGAUACCCAUUUGUUUCUGCUCGGACCGAGAAUUCGACAGUGAAGCAUUGAGACUUGGACACCGUUUUGAAUAAGUGCUGAAGUUGUGAAUUGGACAUUUGCACAGUCUCGAACUACAUGCAGUAGCUGGGCCUUUCUUGCAUCACCUACCUAUACAAGAGAGUCUGACUGCAUGUUAGGUCCUUACUGGAGUGGCGUUGGAUGGAAUUUCUUUAUUUUCAGUACGAUAAGGGUCAGAUGCGAAAGAUUUCCAGGUGAAGAGGACGAGGCGUGCAUGAGAUGGAGUUUGAUGUGGAAUGGUGAAUGACUAAAUGUGCAACAAAGGCCUGACAGGAGAAUGGUAUCAUCAUUUUCUGCUUUCCCGUCUAAUGGUAUCGCUUUUCCCACAUGUCGGUCAUGAACAACAUCCAUCUAACCAUACACUCAUGCAUUGCUCGGCGAGAAUUGCGCAAAAACGGUACAGCUCAGCUAUGCUUGGCCAGAACAUUCGUCUACUUGAAGACCUUGCCAUCAGCCCACUCAUACUCCUUAUCACCAACGAUGAGUGGCUUGUCCCAUGCCCACUGGUCGUUAACAAACUCUUGGUCCUCCUUCUUCUUGGGGUCGAGCUUGGUGAACUCGUAGCUCUCGACAUCUGGGGCGACCUCGAAGGCGGGGAGAGCUUCCUGGCCACGGACAAGGAAGGCACCCUUGAUGAUGCUGUCGUUGGCCUUGCCGUAGACAGACGCAGCACCGAAGAUGUACUUGCGGCUGGCCUCGAGACGAGUCAAGAAGCCACCAACCAAGUUGGAGGUCAUGAAGACCAUGGUGAGCUCGUCGUUGUACUUGUAGUCUACUGUCCACAGGGAGUAUUCCUCAAAGUUGACAUUCUCCCAGAACCAUGGAAGGGCGACCUCGCGGGUCUCCUCGUUGGAGUACUUGCGCUUCCAGUCAUCAAGAACGAAAGUUGGCUUGCCGAGCAGCUCGAGAGGGUGCUUUGGCUUUGGUGCCUCUUUUGGCUCAUCAUCCUCCUCAUCAGCGGCUGGCUUUGGCGCAGCCUUUGGUGCAGGCGCGGCCUUUGGCUUCUCAGCCUUUGGUGCCUUCUCGACCUUUGGUGGGUUGUUGGGAAUGGCCUUCUCGAUGAACUUGAGCUCACCAGCGACAGCCUUGUAAAUAUCCUGGUUGACCACAGUCUCGAACCAUCGGGUGAAGGCUGGGUGUUGUGCGCGCCACUCCUUGUCGAAAAAGUUCUCGAAGCCGCGGUUGGCAAUGCUAGCCAUGAACAAGUCGGCGAGAGUGAGACGUUCGUUAACGAGGAAUGUGUUGACAGUGAGGUGCUCCUCGAGGACCUUGACGUUGGCCUGGGUCGCCUUUUGUGCGUCGUCCACGCUCUUCUUGUUGUAUGGGUCCUUGCCGAUCAGAGGACGGAACCAGGCAGCGAGCUUGGGAAGGAGCUCAGUGUUGGCGAAAGACAUCCAGCGCAGGAUGGAGGCGUAGUCCUGCUUGGUCUUGCCGAGGAGGCUGGUCUUCUCGUUUUGCGAUGUGAGGUAGAUGGCGAUUGCCAUGGCUUCAGUCAGAACGUAACCGUCGGCGCCCUCGAAAGUUGGGACCUUGCCCAGCUUGUUGAGCUUGCGGUAGUCGUCGGUGACAUUGCCGGGCUGGGUGGGCACGAGCUCGACGUCGAGGUCGUUGGCUUUGGCGACGGCGAGGAGGGCGGUGGUGCGAGCAUUGCCCUCGUACGAGUAGAUCUUUCCAAAGGCCAUAAUUGUAGAGGUGAUGUUCGUGUGAGGCGGUGGUCUCAGUGUGCCUUCGUUGGCGAUUAUUUGGGGGCGGAGAGUGGAAGUGGGAGAGGGAGAGAGUG